CGUUAACAAGGAGUCUCUGCGAGUUGGUACCGGUGUCCGCGAAUACCCGGACACGUGGCUUUGAGCAUCUUGUUUACCAAAGAUCCAAAGAUGUAAUUAUUUACGGGAUUGAGAGUUGCUUUUUGGGUCACUGGUCACUGGUGCGGCUCCAACAAAAUCAGCGAUAAGCAUCGCAAUUCCUCUUAAAUCUUUGCAAGCAACACUGUGGCGUUGCGAAACCCAGCCUCACAAUUUUAUUUUUGAAAUUUUGCGGGGGUGAUCUUGACUGGGUAUGUUUGAAAUAGAAUGGGUGUCCGUUAAGCUCGUAGACCUGGACCGAGAUUCCACAGCAGGAGCGAUGUCACUCGUCACACCUCCAGAAGGAGCCAAAAUAAGGUCCUGUUGCCUUUACCAUUCACCCGAGAUUGCUGUAUGCCGAGGUUGUAAAAUAGCCAGUCAGGAUUGACCCAUAUUAUUAUUCUCGAGCAGCAACCAGCAACAACAGCCAUGAACACUCCCACCUCUGUCGUCCCUGGAUCGUCGGGAAACAGCAACAAUGAAGACGAAAGUCCACCGAACAGCACUCACGCCAGUACUACCUCUCCUGGUGGCUUCCACAACGUUGUCUUUAGCAUGCCUACCGGUGCCAAUCGCCGCGACUCGGUGAUGAGCUCCACCAACUCCAUUCUUACGUUUGAUGCCAUUCCUGAGGGAGAAGAGAGAUCAGAGGCAUCUACGACGUCUUCGACAGAGGUGAUGGAUCAGCUCAACAGUUCGGAAGUGUCUAUACAGGGUUUGGCGGAACUGGAGGAAACCAGAAACAGUUUGAUUGACGGGGGGGAUGAAAGUCCUUUGCAACGCAGUAGUCACACCAUCAGUGACACGGAUGCGGCAAUGUAUUCAGCCCAGUUCAUGGAGCAGUUGGAACGUAGUACGAGCAGCUCUACUGUCCGCGUCAGCAAUAUCCGAGGAGGGAAAAGCAAGGGCGCAAGUGGUAGUUCAUCCACCAUUGGAACUAUUGGGUCAUGCUCUUCGAGCUCCUCCAAGUCUUUCAAAGGAUCAGACGACCUGCUCAGCGUAAGCGAUCAUGCCAAACCUCUGGUGAGCAAGAGCGAUCAUACCAGCAACCUUCUUUCGAGCAAAAGCGACCAUGCCAACAACAACCUGCUUAGCAAAAGCGACCACGCCAAUGCUAGUUGUCUUCGGGCCCAUAAGCAUACUCGACGACAUCGCCAUCAGGGACGCAUGUCCAUGACGCAUCGUAUGAGCCAAGUGGGGACCGGAGCCUUUAGGCGAAUCUCCCGCGUCAGUAUGAUCAUUUCAGAAGCAGGAGCGGAGAGUCUUCGUGCUGUGCCGGAAACCAUGGAGAAGUACCUUGAUCCUGACGAAAUUGAGGAUGCAGACUUUGACUACAUCUUGAUUGGAUUUUUUGGGACUCUGCAGUUGGUCUUCUUUGGAUUGAUUGUGACCUUCUUUUCCUUUCCGACUUGGGUGGUGACAUGUCCAGCAUUAGUUGGCUCUGUUGUAUCAAUGGCAGCUUUGACCAAGACUAUUGACAAGACCACACGAGGAGAACGUAUUGUCAAUAUCAUUGGGUUGACCAUCAUUCUGAUCAUGACGACACUCUUUCUCGUGCUGGCGACUAGUUCUUGUACCCAUUGUGUCUUUCAUUGGGCCGAAGAUGCAAUGGCAUCGUCGCAAGACUUUUCUGGAAUGGACAACAGCAAAGGCUUCCUUGACAAGACAGGAGUGGCAUGGGACCUCCUGUUGAGUCGGGAUGACACCGAUGGGGACCUUGGUCAUCAGCAGAAAGCCAAGUUCACAGCCUCUUGCCGAAAAUGUGUCAGUAGUGUCUUUGUUCUCUUCUUGGACGAUUGGCAACCACUCCAGUGGGUUCCCUUUUGGAAGGGCAAUGGUCAAGAUGCUGCUGCUAUUGACGAAGCCAAUCGGGCAGAACUCAUCGCAGAAGAGGAAGAAAUGUUCGAUUUGCACCCGUACCAACAUGCAGAUUCCAUGUUUGGCGAUCUGGCCGCUUGGUACCUACAUUACAGCAACAAGACAGUCGCAGCCAAUCUCAAAACUUUCAAUCAAAAGUUUGCCAGCGCGCUCAGUGUUGACGGACACUUCACUGACACGGAAAUAGCCGAUGUCAUGGAGACUUUUUUGUGUUCUCCGGCCAGUCGAGUUGACAACCCUGAUCCCAACAAGUUUUUGGCAGAUUUGAAGAUGCCUCGGUUCACCGGUGAACAGGGGGUGAACAUAUCCACUGCUGCACUGCAACGUGUUAUGCGAGGUGACGUUCUAAAAGAUAUUGGCGUUGCCUUGUGCUUCGUUCUGCGAUUUGCUCUUUUUGUUCCAGAGGAUCAUGAUUUGGAGAAGAAAGCUAUCAGUUAUACUCAGUUGUUCCCAUCUACGAAUGAUGAAGGCAUGAAGAUCCACGAUUACACAACUACGCUCUACUUCUUCACCAGUCCAGGCAUGGAUCAGGACAUCGACGUAGACUCUGGAAAUAUGAAGCUGCUGGAAAGCCUGGUUGACAUUUUCACGCGGUUUGAUUUUGAAGAUAAACCUAUCUACUUUCAGUCUAAGGAAGAGUACUACGCGUUCUACCGCUGGGAAUUGGAGGGAACCAUCCAGGAUGAUUGGUAUUUUCCCCGGUGGUUCCUGCAAACAGAGAAGUAUGCCGACCUUGCCGAUUUCAUGGCGGACAAACUGAAGUAUGCCAAUGACUAUGCUGCAUUCGAAGAUCCAACCAGCGACCGUACGCUUGCUGACCGAGUCUUCUUUGGACCAGGUGCCAAGUUCUUGACCCAGGUCAAGUUACCGGGUAUCAACGAUGACUACGAGUACUUGUAUCCAGGCAGACCCAGCCAAUACAUGACAGAUGAACACCGUGAAGCGUUUCGGUAUCACAUCAAGCCCACUUCGGAUCAAUUGCUUGAUAUGAUCUACAAGUUUUGGCCUAACGAGGCGAAGAGGGCUCGACGACGUGGAGAAGCAGUUCCGUUGGCAAGGUUCAAGGACAAAAUUGCGGAAAUCGACCUGGCAGUGUUUGCCAAGCUGGAGACUCGUGAGAGCUUUUUCGCACCUGGUUGCAUCCUGUACCUAGAUACAAAGACUAAGCUCCCAAUGGGAAUUUGGGAGUCUAGCAGGAAAAGAAUGUUCCUGCCCGGUGAAAAGGACUGGGAGCAUGCCAAAUACUUCUACCGAGUAACGGAACGAGUUGUGGUGGCCACCUUUCAUGUAUUCGAGUCGCAUUUCACGUGGUCCCAGCCUUUUGCCACCGCUGCCUGGCAGUGUCUGCCGGAGAACCAUGGAUUGAGAAUUCUCACUAAACCGUUCACUCUACACACCCACUCUGUCAAUUGGGCUGCCUAUCACAUGUUGGGUCGCAACCACAGCAUUCUAAACCACGCAAGCGGAUACACCCAGGACGGGUACACGGAGUUCUUUAUGCUCAUUCACAAAGAUCUCAACUUUUCGCGAACCGUCCCUAUAGCACUUGAAGAAUCCAAUUUGCACAAGGUGAUGGACACCAGGAAAGUUCCAUUCCAUUCACAAGCAAUACGCCUUUGGGAAGCGCAUCGAGAGUUUGUGGAGAGCUUUGUAAAGGUUCUCUAUCCGACGGACGAAGCUAUGCUACAAGACGACGCUGCAGUCCGUUUCUGGCACCACGCCAACACUUACGGAAGGAACAUGGAUCCGUGUGUUUGUGGACUGAACUCCGAUCUAUUCUUUGACGACAAAGCAUGGCCCGGUUUUGAAACCACUCGGACCUGCAUGGAGCUGCUAGAUCUUGUGAAAUACGCAAAAGGACAGCACGAUGUGACUCGCCGACGAAACUGGUGCACGAAAGAGGACCCCUUUACCCGGGUAAAGGCAGUAAGGCUCUCCCUUCAAAUCAAGUGCAACUUAGAUCCAGGCUGCAGCCACCUGCCCUAUGGGCUCAUGUACAUGCGCACUGAUAUGGGAUUGAAGGAGUUGAAGACCAGGGAUCAGCUAAUCGAUUACAUCACCACCAUUGUAUGGCACUCCACUGCUGGGCAUAACGUCAACUCGGACAACAUCCCAUCUUUUGCGGACCCCGACUUUUCAGGUGUAAGAAUGAGAGAAUUUGGGCCUGGAGAGGGAGAGCUGAUGAGCCGCAUUGACGUUGGUGCCUAUAUCUUCGGCAUUACUAUUGCUUCUUUGACCUCUCUGAGGGCUCCGCCUCUGUUGGGUGACUGGACCCCUCUGUACUCUCACUUUGCUGCGAAACAGCUGCACUUGCCCGGUGAAGAAAGAUUGAAACUGUUUGAAUCAUUGAAUGCAAUCCACAAGAAGUACAAGUUCAAACUGCUGGAUCUUGGCAGAGCCUUCCUGGCGGAGAAUCUGAAGCAUCCGGUCAAUCGUCGCUGGAACGCAAUGAAUCCAGCAACACAGGGGUCAUCAGUGAGCGUCUGAUGGGGAAUCAGGGUAAAGUGUGCUCCCUGCGGACCCUCUUUUGUCGGCCCCCCUCUUUUGAAGGUCCAAAACCAAAGCUGCUUCGGGGAUCAGAACUGAUUGUGCUCGUACAUGUCAAAUAGCUUGUUGUAUGGAUAUCGGCGCAUACCGCGUCUGCAGAGGCCGCCAACGACUAGACGCAGCCCUGGAAAGGUGCUGUUGCAACGCCACGAACACCAAACGGUAUCCUAAUAGUACUAUAGUUACCAUUAGUAAACCACCUGUUUGUUUACGGAC